UCUGUGAAGCAAUCUUCCCCCGAGAGUGCCGGCCAGGAGCUGCCUAUAAAUGCCAAGCCACCACCUCUCUGUCAAAAGCUGUGUGUCUCGUCUCGACUUUGACAGAGUGCAAGAAGAUGGCAUUGAACAUGUCAGAGAUGGAACGCAGCAUAGAGACCGUGAUCAACGUCUUCCACCAGUACUCAGCAAGGACAGAGAAUCCAGACACCCUGAGCCAGAAGGAAUUCCAACAGCUGGUGCAGAAAGAGCUGCAAAACUUCCUCAAGAUGGAGAAGAAGGAUACCCAGAGCAUAAAUCACAUCUUAGAGGACCUGGACACCAACGUGGACAAGCAGCUGAGCUUUGAGGAGUUUGUCAUUCUGAUAGCAAAGCUGACCCAUGCCUCCCACGAGGAGAUGCACAAGAAUGCCCACAACAAGGAAGGUCAUAGCCAUGGGCCAGGCCUUGGGGAGCUCCACAAUUAGGAGGUCAGAUCACCCUGCAUCUGCCCAGCCAGGUCCACAGGGAAUGGUGUGUCACACUGCCUUGGCUGUGAGCCUGGAGGUUGAGGGGAAAUAAAGUCUUCCUCC